GAGGCAGAAGCAAAGAAAGGAGGGAGCCGAGAGGAUCACACACAUUUACACGGGCUGGGGGACAAGAGAAGCGCUUUAACGCCAGGCACAGCUACAUCUUGGGGAUCGCUCUGCGUGAUUUCUUUUGCAUCAACACAACCGGAUGACUUAAAGAUGUGGAAAGAAGUCGGCAAGCUCGUACUGCUUCAUUUGCUACUAAUGGAGCUCUAUUGCGCGAAAGGGAUUCAUACAGAAUCACAGUGUGAAACAGGGCAGUUUCAGUGCAACAAUGGAAGGUGCAUCCCAACCCUUUGGAGAUGUGAUGAUGAUGAUGACUGCUCAGAUAACAGCGAUGAGGAAAACUGUCCAAAAAAGACAUGUGCAACAACAGAUUUCGCCUGCAAGAAUGGACAGUGUGUUCCUGCUAGGUGGCGCUGCGAUGGGGAGCAAGAGUGUGCAGAUGGUUCAGAUGAGGCUGAUGCAAUCUGCAACCGGCAGACCUGUCCACCAGAGAAGUUUGACUGUGGUGGAACGGCCACCAAGUGUGUUUCUUUGUCAUGGCGAUGUGAUGGAGAAAGAGAUUGUGAGAAUGGGGCAGAUGAAGAGCACUGUGCUGCAGAUGCAAACGCCUGCCCAUCCAAGGAUUUUCAAUGCCAUAAUGGGAAGUGUAUAGCACCAAUCUUUGUCUGUGAUGGCGACAACGACUGUGGAGAUGGCAGUGAUGAAGAGAAGUGCUCAAAUCCCACCUGUGGCCAACAUGAGUUCCGGUGCAAUGACUCUGAGUGUAUUCCAGCACUUUGGAGCUGUGACGGCGAUCCCGACUGCAAAGAUGAAUCAGACGAAUCUAUGGAACACUGCAGUAGGAAGACGGAGCCCCAAAAACCAAGAUGCAUGGUGAGCGAAUUCCAAUGCGGGAGUGGAGAGUGUGUCCGAAGAAACUGGAAAUGUGAUGGAGAUGCUGACUGCAAGGACAAAUCAGAUGAGACAAACUGUCCCCUGCUUACAUGUCGACCUGAUGAGUUCCAGUGUGGCGAUGGCUCCUGUAUCCAUGGCACCAAACAGUGUAAUAAAGUCCAUGAUUGCCCCGACUACAGUGAUGAAGCUGGUUGUGUAAAUGUGACAAAGUGUGACGGGGCUAGACAUUUCCGCUGCAAGAAUGGAGAAUGUAUUGACAGCAACAAGGUUUGUGACAGUGUAAAAGACUGCAAAGACUGGUCUGACGAACCUGUGAAAGAGUGCGGCCUGAAUGAGUGUUCAGACAACAAUGGUGGCUGCUCCCACAUCUGUAGAGACCAGAAGAUUGGCUUUAUGUGUGACUGCCCCUCUGGUUACAAACUUUUGGACAAAAAGACUUGUGGUGACAUAGAUGAAUGUGAGAACCCAGAUGCCUGCAGCCAGAUCUGCAUAAACUACAAAGGGGAUUAUAAGUGUGAAUGCUAUGAAGGUUACGAGAUGGAUCCUGCCUCCAAGACUUGCAAAGCAGUGGGAAAGAGUCCUUAUUUGAUGUUCACCAACCGCCAUGAGAUCCGUCGUAUUGAUCUGCUAAAAAGUGAAUACACUCAAGUUGUUCCUACACUGAAGAAUGCUGUCGCGCUGGAUGUUGAUGUGGCCACCAAUAAGAUGUUCUGGAGUGAUCUAUAUCAUCACAAAAUAUACAGUGCUUACAUCCACAAAGCUAAUGACUCUUCGCAGCAGCUCACGCUCAUCGAGGCACUCCAUUCCCCCGAGGGCCUCGCUGUUGACUGGGUUCACAAGAACAUCUACUGGACCGACUCUGGCAACAAGAGCGUCUCUGUGGCCACAGGGGAUGGCAGCAAGAGGAAAAUGCUCAUAGUCACAGAGCUGAGUGAACCACGGGCCAUUGCAGUUGACCCACACCAGGGGUUCAUGUACUGGUCGGACUGGGGAGAUCAGGCCAAGAUUGAGAAGGCUGGGAUGAAUGGAGUGGAUCGACAGAUUCUGGUAUCUGAGCACAUUGAAUGGCCAAACGGAAUAACUUUAGACUUGUCCAAUCGGCGUCUCUACUGGGUGGAUUCCAAGUUACACCUGCUAUCCAGUGUGGAUUUUAAUGGAGACAACCGUAGAGUGUUGCUGUCUUCCCAUCAUCAAUUGGGACAUCCCUUUGCCCUCACUGUAUUUCAGGAUCGCAUAUACUGGACCGACUUGGAGGAUGAAGCAAUAUACAGUGCCAAUCGUCUAACAGGGAGUGAUGUGGAGAAGGUAGCAGAGCACCUCAACAAUCCCUUGGAUCUAGUAGUGUUUCAUGAGCAGAGACAGCCAAAAGCCCCUGACACCUGUAACAUGGGCAGUCUUCCCAAUGGUGGCUGUGAGUACCUUUGUUUGAAGGCCCCCCAGAUUACAGACCACUCCCCCAAAUAUACAUGUGCCUGUCCUGAUGGAAUGGAGCUGGGACCAGAUAUGAGGCGAUGUGUCACAGUCCGAGCAAGAACAACCACAACAGCUGUUCCUACCACCACCACCACAACAACAUUUGCCACCACCACGAUAACAACAAAAGCCACACCUUUUCUUUCCACAACAGUACCAUCUGCAACCACCACUAAAGCCACCUCUAUGACACUUACGACCACAACCAGGCAUCUGGAGACAACGGAAUCCCCCGAGAAACCCAGGGGGACCUACCCAGAGAACCCUCGAACAUCUGCUGUCUCAAGUACUCCGACCAGUUACAGCAGCACCAGUCAGACAUCGAUAUCCACUCUCACACCCCAAAUUGGCCCAGUGGCCCCCAACAGCAUUCACAAAGAGAGCAAUGCCAACCUGUCACACAGAGCUGCGGGUGAUCACUACCUCAUAGGCAACAACAUCACAGUAGCUGUCUUGGGGAUAGUCAUUCCUAUCGUCCCUAUCCUUGCCACAGUGGUCAUCGGGCUUCUUUGCACUGGCGCCUAUCUGGUGUGGCGCAACUGGCGGCGCAAAAACACCAAGAGCAUGAACUUCGACAACCCUGUAUACCGCAAAACCACUGAGGACGAUGACGAUGAAAUCCAUAUUGGCCGUCACAGCGAGUCCAUUGGACACAUCUACCCAGCAGUGAGUGGCAGCCACAAUCAGCCGUUCAUAGCGCUUCCCCUGGGGAGCGGCAUCAGCGACAGCAACUCUCAUUGGUACUCAGGGGCACCGAUGCUCUCCAGUGGCAAAUGAGGAAAGGAAAAAAAAUGUUGAGAGGAGGUGUAGGAGUCAAGAAAAGCCUACUUGUUGGUGAAAAAGCAGGCUUGCACAUACUACCCAAGUACAGACACUCAUUUUUGCAGUAAUCACUGAAAACGCCAAACACUUGAAGCCCUACACCAUGUUGUUGUUGUUUCCAUUCCUCUAUUGACCAUGCUCAUACACAUUUUAUCAAUUUUAUAUUCUUCAACGUCAUUUUGUAUCACAGUUUUUGUACAUUGUGAUUUUUCAAGUUGUUUAUUUGUUUCUACGAAAAGACAAUAAUAUCAAUAUUGUCAUUUUAUUUGGAAAAAAAUAUCAUUUAUUGUAAGAAGCUGCUCGUUUUAGUUCAGGAGCAAACUGGUAUUCUCAUCAUACAGUAAUAGUAUGAUGAGAAAUGUUAAUGUCAAAGACUCCCUGACUAUGCAGUGCUGCCAACUUGUAUUUAAUUGGAAGAAUGUUUUUAGUAGAGCUCUACAAGUCACCGGAGACAUCUGACAGGACAGCACAGUACAGUAUUUGACAUUUUUAGAUCAAAUUAUUUAUUAUGAACUCUUUUCCUUACUACUUAAAUGAAAUUGAGAGCACAAAUCUCAUCGUAACUCAAGAGUCAAUGGCAGUUGUGAAGUGUAUUCAAACCCAGGAACAGAAAAGGUGGAGGCAGAAGUCGCUGUAAGGACAUUCCUUCCAAAUCAUGUGUGGUUGUCAGAGUAGCAGACGUGCAGUGAGAAUAUGGGGGAUGGUGAUUGAGUGCUUUGAUCGGUUGGCAUGGCAACACUGAUUUCUUUGUGCCUCUCCAGCAAGGAAGGAGGCAAAUAAUUUGGAAUAUAUGGGCAUGAUGAAAGAGAAUUGUGCAAAAGAUUUUUUCAAUGCACUAAAAAAAUCAUUAUUGGUGAGGAGGUUGCACAGAGGGUAACGUUUUGUUCUUGUAUAUUGUCCUACUCUCAUGUGGCAUCUCAGAGCGUCCAAGAGAGAUCAGACUGGCUUUUUGUGGGCCAAAAAUGUGCAGCCAAAGACAUUCAGAUUGCAGUUCUCAAAUAAUAGCCAAAAAAAGGAAGGAAUUGAACAGAAAGUCAAAAGGGAAGAGAGGGAUGUGAAGAAUAUUUUUUAAAAGCGCUAAAUUAUUUGGGGGGAUUGUUGUGUUUGUUUUUCUUGUUUUAUUAGUAUUUUUUGUUUCGUUUGUAUCCUGGUAACAUUUUUUAUCUGCUGUUUCAGCGAGUGGCACUCAGUCUGGAGGACGAUGGUUAUCCCUGAAGGAGGGAUGCAUCCUCUUCCUUCAUUCCCACCUCGGCCCUUCCUCCCUCCACUCUUCCAAACCUCCACAAUGAGGCCCUGUCCAACGCUGGGCAAACACUCCUCUUUUUGCCUCCCUCUUUUAACUAGUAGGAACGAAUCAUACAGCACAUAUAUGCCAAGUUUCUCAUGUACAGUAAUGCUCUCACUGUAAAAAUAAUACCACUAUGAGCUGCUGCUACAUUUUAAUUAUAGUGUGUAGUCUUUGCUCCACACAUUUCUCCUGUCUUAUCUGCCUUCUGGUAGUCCUAGUUAACAUUAACAUGCUGCUCUUGGAUUUUUGUCAAACUAAUUUCACUGAGCUGCCGUCUUGUCGGAGCAGAAGUGUUAGAUUGUCAUAUCGUUUACAUUUUGUAAAUAAUAUGUUUACAGUAUCUCACUGCACAACUACAGAUAUUUGAUUACUCAAUGACAUACGUAGUUGGCAAAGACUUUUCUCUUUGGGUGCUAUUUGAAAUGGCAGCAUCUGUAUUUGCAGGUAUUUCUGCAGGUAUUCUUGUUUACCCCUUGUGCAGUGCUAGCUAAACUAAAUGUAGUAAUUGAGAAAUUAGUCUAAUGACACUGGGAUGAGGUGGGGAUGCUGACCAUUUGGAGGUGAUCUGAGUGUGGAAGAGUAAGAAAUCUGCUUCUUUUUUGUUUAUUAGAAUUGGACAGGUGAGCCUAAAGACAAAAAGCAAGACAGAAAACAACAUUAUGAUUAAUCUUCUGUGUUGGCAUCAGAGCUAUGCACACUGGUUUACAAUGAACUUGGGGCUGUUUGUUUCCUCUCAGUUGCAGACUUUUUGUUUGCUCUUCUGCGCUGCUCCUAUUUUAUAAAUGAUAGCUAUAGCCUGAGGGGUGAUAACAGCUUGAGCCAAUUUUGGAUAAACAGAUAGUAAUACGGAAUUCUGAUAUCAUGGGGUCACCGAGAUUCAAAUAUGAUAGCUGGAAGGAAUAAGUGAAGAGAGUUCUAUUAGAUGAAUGUUGGCCUCAGAUAUUGUAUUCAGUAUGGUAGAAGCUGUCCAUUAAGAGAGCUAGAAAAAUCUAAAAGAUCCAUCUGUCAUAGUGGCUGAAGAUUCAGAGGCAAAGAACCUGUAACUUAAAGAACAUUUAGUAGUACAAAAAUGGUAUUACUCUGAAUUCAUCCUGUAAGGGAACUUGGAAUACAACUUUCAGAAGGGUGCAAGACGAGUUCAACCUGCUUCUGGUUUCAUAGGCUGAUGUUUACUCCCAGAGAGUGUUUCUUUCAAUUAACUGCUGGAGAAACAGAAAUCUCUCUCACUGCCUGUUAAGUGUAGUGUGUAGUGGGAGGAAAAAUGAGUAAGACCACUCACAGACCGAGAGGGACAAUAAUUUGAUUUAAACAAGAUAGAAAGAAAAGGGUGCACAAGUGGAAAGAGCAUCUCUUCCAUUUGCUUGUUGCUGAAAUGUUACAACACCACUGAAUCGGAUGAAAUGCUCAGUGAAUAUUUCUGAAAUUGCAGAGAUGAUUUUCUAAUGGUCAUUCACUUUGAACCGCUACAGCAAGUAAACAGUAGAGCUGUUAGUAUGCCUAAUUAACUCUUGUUACUGGAACUACUGGACGUCUAUAAGAUUUGACACUUUAAUAGAUUGUAUAAUGUUUUACACUGAAUGAACAACACCUAAUGGUAAAUUCUGAACAAUGUAAUUAUUGUUCAGAUUUCUCUUCUAUUCUACAAAUAUGUCAUUCACUUGACAUAAGCCUCUGUUUGGAGACAAAGUAUAAGUCACUUGUAAAAACUGGAAUAUUAAUGUCUCCGCAUGUGUAAUUCACAACAAGUAUGCAUAAUAUAAUGACAUACAAGAGCUGUAUCAAAUAUUCUUUCUUUACCAAGAUAAUACUAUACAGUAUAUUGCAGUACAGUUCUACUGACUGCAACCACAAUACUAAGUAUACUUUGCCAUAGACUCCACCAUCAGUUGACAAGACAACUCCCACAGUCUUUGCGUAGGGGGCUGACCCAUAGAGCGUUGAGGUGGCUUUCACCGUUCCCUUUGAUAAACUCAAACACAUGCGGCAUUCUAAGACCGGAUUUAAGUGGAAAUAGGACGAAUGUUUUACUGCAUACAAGCAGGCAGGAGUGUCUCAAAAGGGAUUUGGUCGAGGAUUCAAGGUAAUUAUUAUAUUUUUCACAUCAUGCAUACACUUUAAAAUGUUAUGAAUAGAAUGAAAUGAAUGAAAAAAAAAUUUGCUUGAAAUAUUUACGUAAAAUGAAUGAUAACUGCCUGUUUUUUUUGUUUUUUUUUUGCUUUUAACCAAGAGUCCAGACUGUUUAACGUUCAUAUCUACAGAAAUUCCACGAUUUAAGCAUUUAUUUGCAAGAAUGUUCAUCUUAAAAAGCUCUUUGGUGGUGGGGCGCCAUGUUGGAUUAAACAAUACCGUAAUUUUGGCUUGAAAUAGUUACGUAAAUGAAUGAUAACUGCCGUUUUUUUUUUUGGUUGUUUUUUUUUUUUUUUUUUUUUUGCUUUUAA